CCGGUUCUUAAUGCUAAAAACUCUGUUCAUCUCUCCAUUUUUAUCUCUCUCUCUCUCUCAAACAAACAAACAAACAAACACCAACAGUUCGCAUCAGCUCUUCAGUCUCUCAAAAUCUCCGCUUCAAACUUCUAUCUCAAUAUUUACUUUUCACUUCACAGGUCCUUAUCUCCAUUAGUAAUCAUCUUUUGGAACUUGGGAUUAUUACCAUUUAUUGCAUAUAUUGUUUUUAGGUUUUUUCCAAUCUCUUUCUUGAUAACAAAACCUUGAUCCGUGGAAACUUCCAUUUGAGCAUUGGGCUUGAAUGUUUUUCUUAUUUUCUUGGAAAAUUUGAAGACAUGGCAAUCCAACUCUGUUCAGAUAAUUCUGCUGGUUUUAGUCCAAGAAUUUCAUUUUCUCAUGAUUUGUGUCUCUCGGACAUUGUUCCUGUCGAGCAACACCCUCUUCCAUCAAACUCACUGGGCAGCAUCGAUUUCGACUUUUGUACUCGUAAGAGCUUCGAUCAAGAAUCAUCAUCAGCAGAUGAGCUUUUCUCCGAUGGAAAGAUUCUUCCUACGGAAAUCAAGAAAAAGACAGCCCCAGCGAAGCAGCUGGACCAGUCUUCGCCUCCACCGCAUGCUUUAAACGAAGAUGUUUUAAGCAAGAAAGAGUCGAUGAAGGAAAUGAAGGGUGCAAGUGAUGAAUUACCAGAGGAGAAGCAUACUUCAAAGUCAUUUUGGCGGUUCAAGAGGAGUAGCAGUUUGAAUUGUGUGAGUGGCUAUGGAAGGAGCUUAUGUCCUUUGCCACUUCUAUCCAGAAGCAACUCUACUGGGUCUGUACCUAGCAGCGUAAAGAGGGUACCAUUGUCAAGAGAUAGCAGUUCUAAUCAUAAGCAGCACAGACAAUCAUUCAUGAAGCAUCAAUCAUCGUCUUCAUCAACCAGUUACCAAAAACCUCCAUUGAAGAAGAACUAUGGAGCUUACGGCAAUGGUGUCCGCGUUAGUCCUGUGUUAAAUGUUCCAUCAGGGAAUUUAUUUGGCUUAGGUUCAAUCUUCUUCAAUGGAAAAGAUAAGAACAAGAAAAAGUGAUUGCCAUAUGUUUGCUUUAAUAUCAGAAAGAAAACAGCUAUACAUGAUCCAGUCCAAAUUGCAUAUUAUCAUAAUAUUUUUCAUUUGUGGGUUGAGGAUUUUCUUUUAAUUUUACCACCCAGAUUUUUCCAUUUGUUGAUGAUUUUACCAUUUGAGUUAUACCAAGGAAAAGGGAAAGUAAAAGAAAGACUAAAGAGAGAGUGGCUUUGAAGACAAAGAGACACAGAAAGGUGGAUGAAUGGAAGGAGGGACCUGGAGAUGAUGGUAUAAUUCAAUGGCACAUGCUUUGAAGCACAAAAUGACAGGUAACAAUUGCUUUCAUUAUUGUCUUUUUGUGUAUCUUUGCCUUUGAUUUAUAUUUGCUCACACAUGGUGUGUACAUACUUUGAUUUUUGUUCCUUGUUUCAAUUUAUACAACCGGAGGAGCAAGACAUUGUGGGUAUUGGAUAGAAUAUGAUUUCAUUCACUAUUGCAUCUGUUGAAAUUUUAUUGUAUUAAGAGUUAAUUACAUUACAUCAUUAUUGAUAAAAAUCUAUCAAUAAUUAAAUAAUUAUUCAACUCUACGUCUCUAUCUGUUAUCAACCAACCAGAAAAAGAUUAGAAAAAAGUUUGAAGUGAUAUUAAUUGGAUAAAGCUUUAUGAUUAGAUUUGUUUUUUGAUUUCGAGAUUGAAUUUAUGUCAUAAUUAUUUUAAAGGCAACUAAUCGAAGAUCAAGAUUUUAUAGAUUGAAUUGAGAAGGAAAAGAGAUAUAUGGCACUGCCAAAGAGAAGUACCAAAUGGCAAGAUCUGAGGCAGUGGGACAGAAAAAGACAUGAAGCUUUAGUUCAUGUUUGUCCCAAUUUGUAAUUUUUGUGGUGAUGUUUAUGGUUAGUUGCUGUUGUAAGGACUCUAUAGCUACCAUUGCUUCUCAUCUCCAAGUGAUGAGUAGUGUUGUCAUGUUGUGAAAAUAUGGAGCUGAGCAUUUGUCCUUUUAAUUGUUCAAAAAAUUGAACAUGGUGGUUUCAGCUUUUGUUUCUCCUAUUUAACAAAACAAUAAUGUGUGAUAGGACACUACUCACCAUGUGUGGAUCAUCAUCUUCACAAUUGCUGCUGUUCCAAGUACAUCAGGAUUGAUUAGAUUUGGAUCCUAUAUAUAUUGGAAUCUUUUAAUUUUAUGGAUUUAAAUUUUUUUA